CUUAAAGUUUGUCUUCUAAAUACCUUAAUUAUUUUUUAAAACUAACUGUAUUAAUCCCCACGAAAACAUAAACAAUUGUUGUCUUGUCUGGCAGAUAUUGUUGGAUGGGCCCAAGGGAAUCCAACUCCAUUAAACCUUCUUGUGUAUAAGGCAUGCUUUGUUUGAUCAUUUUCACUUUUCUAUAGUAAAAUAGAGUGGAGAGAGUAUGAGAUAUUGGGAAUAGUUUUAGGGGAGCGGUAGCAAGAAUCGAAGUUAGAUUUUUAUUGGAAAAGUGAUUAUGCUCCGACUGAAAUAAAAAUCGAUGUUAAGGGAGAAAUUAGAAAUUAUAUAAGAAAAGCAGAAUCAUACCCAUUUCUUUAAUUUUUCAAAAACAGUUGUUUGUACAGAUAUCCACACUGUUAAAGUUGAGAACAUGUCUCUGCACUUGGUCCUAUAAACCCACCACCUUAUUCUUUCUGUUCUUUUCCUUUUGUAAUUUUUGAGGGGUUAAAUUAAAUUACUUUUUCUGGGUUUUUCCAUUUCUUGCUCUUCACAAUUUGUUUACUGGUUCCCUUGAUUCUUAACAAUUUAAGACUAUUUUCACACUCAUCAUUCUCUAAGGUGAGCUCUUUAUAUUAAGUCAAAUAGUUGGUGGGAAUUAUAUUUUGAUGGGUUGGAUUGGUUGAAUUUAUACUUCUGAUUAAUUAUUGAUAUUUUUCAUCCAGAAAAGCUAUGCUUUUACCUAAUGUGUACUUUUUUAUGAUCAAUUGAAAUUGGGGGUAAUUGUAGAAAUUUCUCAAAGUUUCAAUCUUUUUGUUGGGUAUGAAUGAUUUGCAAAUUUAGGGUUUCAAGCUGUGAUCUUUUGAUCUCUGUUUAGACUUUGUAGUUAUUCAAAUUUAGUAUUUUUAUCAGGAAAGUUUUUGGGUUCCUGAGAUUUUUGGCAUUAAUGAAGUGAUGUCUGAAGUAAGAAUCAACAAAGGAGAAACCAAAAUCAGAAAUGUCCCAAUUGCUGUGACUUCUGAUGGUUUCUGGUGUUGUCCUUCCCCAGUUGUUUUCCAGAAAAACCUUAAAACACAAACUCCCCUAAAUAAAUCAAAACCCCAAUCUUUAUCACCCCCUCAAUCAAAUUCUUCUAUUAACAAGAAACAAACACAUUCAAAUGAAAAGAAAUCGUCGCAAAACCCGUCUAACAUGGAACCUCUAGAUGAUCAAAAGAGUGCCAAUAAUGGUACUCAAGCCUCUAAUGUGGGUGUAGGAGGGGAGAGAAUUCCUAAACAUAAGACUGAGAGUUUGCCCAAAAAAGUUUCAAUAGAGUUUGGUGAGGCAGGAACUAGUGAUAUGAAGGUUGUUCUUUAUGGGAAACAUGGAUUCUCUGUUAAGUUGAAUGUUCACAAGAAUGUUCUUGUGGAAAAUAGUAUUUUCUUUGAGGAGAGGUUAGCUGAACAAGAGUCUGAUGUUCCUUCUCUUCAAAUUUUGGACUGUGAAGAUGUUGAAAUUUAUGUUGAAACGAUCGGUUUGAUGUAUUCGAAAGAUAUGAAGCAUCGGCUUCUCAAGCAAAGCGUUCAACGAGUUCUUCGUAUCCUUAAGGUUGCUGAACUUAUUGGUUUUAGCUCAUGUAUUCAAGUAUGUUUAGAUUACCUGGAAGCUGCCCCUUGGGUUGGGGAGGAGGAAGAGGAGAAAGUAGUGUCUUCAGUUCUGAGACUCCAAAACGAGGGUGUUGGUGUAAAUCCGGUCCUUAAACGAGUCUCUUCAAAUAUCGUGAGACCACCUAAAGACACGUUGUGCGAGAUACUGGAACUUGUUCUUAAAAGUAAUGAUGAGAGAGGUCGUCGUGAAAUGAAAUCUAUCGUCCUGAAACUUCUUAGAGAGAAUAGCAGCAGUACAGAUUGUGGUAGCUCAUCGGAUAUAUGUUACGAAACAAUUUAUUCUUCAUGCAGAAGCAGCUUAGAAUUGUUGUUAAACCAUUUUAAAAGGGCCACUGGGCCAGAAUUUUGUGACAAGCCUAUUGACUGUCAGGACCCUCUGGCCAAACAGAUUGCUCUAGAAGCCGACAACCUUGCCUGGUUGUUGGAGAUCUUGGCCGAAAGACAAGUAGCAGAUGAGUUUGCACUAAUGUGGGUUCGACAGCAGGAGUUAGCGAGCUUACAUCAAAAGCUUCCCGCAAUGACUCGCUACCAUGUUAGUUGCAUAACUGCAAGGUUGUUUGUCGGCAUUGGUCGGGGGGAGCUGCUUCCGUCAAAAGACACUCGUCAUAUGCUAUUACAAACGUGGUUGGGGCCAUUAACGAAUGACUACAGCUGGCUGAAUCAUGGGUGCAGAUCAUUUGAUCGGAAGGUUGUGGAGGAGGGUAUUGGGAGAACGAUCCUGACAUUACCCUUGGAUGAUCAACAGAGUAUUCUUCUUUCUUGGUUGGGUAAUUUUCUAAAAGCGGGCGACAAUUGCCCGAAUCUCCAAAAAGCUUUUGAGGUUUGGUGGCGUAGGACCUUCAUUAGGCCAUACGCUGAGCCACGAGUUAACCAAGAGAUAUGUAGUGUGUACGUCUUGCAAUCUCUAGCCAACGAUUUGGCUGAGAGAUGGAUGCUAAUGGGAAAUUUGAGUCUUCUGAAUCGAAGACUGUGUUUAUAAUCUGAUGAAGCUGUAGCAACCGUCAAAACAUGAGGAUUGGUGACUUGCUUACGUACAAGCCUUUGUUUCUUGAUUGAGCAUUGUGUUUAGGGCACUUGCUUACGAUAAAUACGAGCCCUGCUUAGGUGCAUGCUUACGUAUAAGCCUUUGUUUCUUGAUUAAGCAUUGUGUUUAAGUACUUCUAAGAUCAAGAGUUAAAGCUUAAGAACUUAAGUUGUACAGGAAGAAAUGCUGCAAAAUUAAGCUAAUUUGAUUUCUAAAUAUAGUUGUGUAUCAACUUCUACUGUUGUACAGUUCUAAAGUCUAAACAGAACUGCUGUGAGGUUUGCUUCUUGGUUGUUGAAUGCCAUUUUAUUUGUUUGUUUAUUUGCCUUUAAUAAA